AUGGAUGUCAUCAACUUCGACAUCAAUGAUGCGCUCAAGCAUUAUAUGAGCGAUCCGGCCAGCGUGCCGACCCCAGAGGCCGAUAGUGCCCUGGUCGAUUGCGAGAACGAUCCGGAAACCCUCACCAACGCCGUCAUCAACCCGGUGCUCAACUCGAUAGUGGACGCCGUGGCCGAGAAUCCAGACUUCAUAACCCGCAGCGCAUACUUCGACUCGUUGCAGUUCCUACUAAAGUGCGCUCCCACUUCCCUUGAUCCCCUACCCACCGACAACCCUCCUGGCCUCUUUUCUCCACGUCGUAGAAGUUCCUCCCGCGUGCAAGAAGUACCCAUUUCUGAGCUAUUCGUCCAAUCCAGAUCCGUGCAAUUUCUGCCCACCCAUGCCCUCAGUAAGAUCUUUGAUCUGAUCAUGAGCGGCUUGGCGGCCGAGGCCGACGCCGUCAACAAUGACCUCGAAAACCCGGACGAGCAGGACAUCAUCGCCCACCACAAGAUGCUCCUCGAGGUUUAUGGAUUCCUGCUUCAGUGGGCCAUUGCCUGCGUCGAGAUCAAGGCCGCCGAGAAGUCCUCCACUGCCCCCGUCGCCCGCGCCAGGGGCAAGGGCGCCAAGUCCAAGACUACUGGCAAAGACGCCGUGUGGGACAGCGCCGCGCAGUUGCAAACGGCGCUCGAUAUCAUGGCCAAGGUGAUGCGUGUCAAGCUAAGCAAGAUCUUCUUGACGACAAGCGAGCGCGACACCUUCAUCGGUCUUCUCACCAGGCCCGUGUACAUGAUUCUCGAGAGCGAGCAGCGCUGCAAGAACACGCACAUCCGCAUGCACGCCUGGAAGGUGCUUUGCAUUGCCGUCAAGCAUCACGGCCAUGGAUAUGCCGCCCAAAUUUCGAUUGUGCAAAACUUGACCUAUUUCGAGCAUUUGUCCGAGCCCAUGGCCGAGUUUCUAAAUAUUCUGUCCGAUCAAUACGAUUACCCUCAAUUAGCCGAUGAAAGUUUGCGAGAACUGAGCAACAAGGAGUUCAGUACCAACGACACACGAGGCCCCAAAUCGGUCUCGGCCUUCAUCGUCAAGCUGUCGGAGCUUGCCCCUAGAUUGGUAAUCAAGCAGAUGACAAUGCUUGCCAAGCAACUGGACAGUGAAUCGUACACUCUUCGCUGCUCGCUCAUCGAGGUCUGCGGUAACAUGAUUGCGCACUUGUCCCAGCAGGAGGAGCGAAGUGAAAACCACAAGUCGCAAUUAAACGCAUUCUUUGAUGUGCUCGAGGAGCGUUUCUUGGAUAUUAACCCUUACUGUAGAUGUCGUGCCAUUCAAGUGUAUACCAAGCUCUCUGAACUGGACCAAAAGUUUCCCAAGAGGCGACAAAAGGCUGCCGAAUUGGCCUCGCGCAGCUUGUCAGACAAGAGCAGUCAUGUUCGAAGGAAUGCUGUGAAGUUGCUGGCUACACUGAUCAAGACUCAUCCUUUUACCGUCUUGCACGGUGCUCAACUCGCACGCAAGGACUGGCAGGAGCGUCUUGACAAGGUCGACUCGGAGCUCGCAGCCCUCCAACCUCCAGCUGGUGAGCCUGGUCUCGGAGAUACGACGAUCAACGGCAACCUUGUCGACGAGCCCACACAGGUGGAAUCCCCACAAAAGGCCAGGGACCCAACAGACCUUACAGAAGAGGAGAAGCAAGCCAUUGUUCGCAAGGCCCAAGAAGACGCAGCAACAUCCGAGGCUAUCGAAAAGCUGACCCUCACCAAGAGAUACUACUCGGAUGCCCUCAAGUUUAUCGAUGUUCUCCACGACUCGACGUCUACUGUGUGCCAACUUCUUGGCUCUAGGAACAAGUCGGAAGUCAUUGAAGCCAUGGAUUACUUUGAAGUCUGCAAUGCCUACAAUGUCGAAGACAACAUGAUUGGAAUCCGACGUAUGCUUCGCUUGAUCUGGACCAAGGGCAACAGCGAUGAAGGUAAGGGAGUACAGACACACCUCAUCGACUGUUACAAGCGACUCUUCUUUGAAGCGCCGGAUCACUUUACCCUGAACGACGCUGCCAUUUACGUCGCACGAAACAUGAUCAGUUUGACCUCUGGCACGACCCCUGCUGAGCUCACCAGUCUCGAGCAGCUUCUUGCUACAAUGAUGAAGGGUGGUAUGAUUUCGGAUCUUGUUAUCACCAAGCUCUGGGAGGUCUAUGGCUACCAUAAACGUGAGAUAUCACGAUCUCAGAGACGUGGUGCCAUUAUCGUCCUAGGAAUGCUCGCAACUGCGAAUCCUGAGAUUGUGGUUGGUGAGAUGGAGACCAUGCUUCGGACUGGUCUUGGUUCGCACGGUCGAAAUGAUUUGCAGUUGGCCAAGUUUACCUGCAUCGCUCUGCGCAGGCUCAACCCAGUCGGUCGUCAGGCCAAGGAGUCGACGGUCAAGUUCAACCGUCUUCCAAACGACCACGCUGUGCUGGCCAGGCUUGCCGCCAUCACUGAUGUGCCAAGCGACAGCAAAGAGUGGUUCGGUGUAGCCGAGCAAGCUAUCAACGCCAUCUAUGCCCUUGCCAAGCAUCCAGAUACCCUCUGUGGCGAAAUCAUUCGACACAAGACCAAGGCCGUCUUUGCCCCUCAGCAAAAGUCAGGAUCGAGACCAGUAUCGCGUGAUACGGACGCGACCAGCACAUCACCAAUGGCAGACCCCCAAGGCUUGACGGUUGCUUUGAACGAGCCUACUCAAACUGUGAAUCGCACACCUUCGGAGCAACCUGCAGAGCCAAAACAAAAGGCAGCCAUCGCUUUGUCACAGCUGCUCUUUGUCGUGGGGCACGUUGCCAUCAAGCAAAUCGUUCACCUCGAGUUGUGCGAGCUUGACUUCAAGCGGAGAAAGCAAGAAAAGGAGAAGUUGGCCUCGAGUGAGCCUGCUGCCGAAGCUCCUGCACCAAAAACCAAAGGUCGCAAGUCCAAGACGCCCGCGCCGGCGCAAGAGGACGAGGGCGAUGAGCUUGACCUCAUUGGUGGUACCACCGAGGAUGAUUUUACCGAGGCCAUGGCCCAUAUCCGCGAGCGCGAAUUGCUGUUUGGACCUCAGUCCCUCCUGGCCAACUUUGGGCCAAUGGUUGCAGAGAUCUGCUCAAGAAGUGAUAUCUACAAGGACAAGGGAUUGCAAGCUGCUGCUACACUGGCUCUCGCCAAGCUCAUGUGUGUCAGCUCAGAGUACUGCGAGGAACACUUGCCACUGCUCAUUACCAUCAUGGAGCGAAGCCCCGACCCAACCGUCAGAUCCAAUGUUGUCAUUGCUCUUGGUGACAUGGCCGUUUGCUUCAACCACCUGAUUGACGAAAACACCGACUUCUUGUACCGUCGUCUGGCAGAUUCAGACCUGUCCGUGAAGCGUACUUGCUUGAUGACUCUUACAUUCCUGAUCCUGGCAGGACAAGUCAAGGUCAAGGGCCAGCUGGGUGAGAUGGCCAAGUGUCUUGAGGACAGCGAUAAGCGCAUUGCAGAUCUUGCCCGCAUGUUCUUCAGCGAGCUCAGUACCAAGGACAAUGCCGUGUACAAUCACUUUGUCGACAUGUUCAGCUUGUUGUCUGCGGGUGAAUUGGAGGAAGACAGCUUCAAGCGAGUCAUCAAGUUCUUGCUUGGCUUUGUCGAAAAGGACAAGCAUGCCAGACAGUUGGCCGACAAGCUCGCUGCCCGUCUUGCUCGCUGCGAAACCGAGCGCCAAUGGAACGAUGUUGCUUUUGCGCUCAGUCAACUGCAGCACAAGAACGAAGAGAUUACCAAGGUUGUCACAGAAGGCUUCAAAAUCAUCCAGGCUUCGGCAUAG